AUGUCUUACAACCAUCAACGCGCCCCGGCUGCCCAACCUGAGACUGGCUCUUCAGGUUUUGGCGCCGAUUGCUUUGACAGCAUGGUGUCAAUUGACGACAACUUCAACGUCUACUAUGGCGGCUUCGAGGACACUCUGCGACUUGAAGACGUGGAUUGGGCUCCCUUCACUUGCGGCAUUGCUCCCGGCGAGAUUCUUCAAGCACCCGAAUACGCAGGCGCAGGUCAAUUUGACCUUAAUGGCCUGGAGCCUUCUGCCAACUUUCGACAAGACUUCUCCGCUCAGCAGCCUCCUAUCUUCUCCAGCGCGGAUGCAGAUGCGCUCUUUGCAGGGCUCGGCCCAGAUGCAUCGCUUCCGGUCGUCGAGCAGCAGAACAAUCAAGCCUUGGACGAGUUUCAGCGAGAUCUCGCGCCCUUGGUUUCGGCUCCGGCCAGCGCCGCUUCAACUCCAGUCGCGGAUCACUUCACCUCAGACGCCGAUCUCCCAGUGGAUGACGAAGAGCUUGAGGACGAUUCCAACUCCUUGUUCUCGGAUACGCCCAGUGCUGCUGAAUCUCCAGUCCAAGAGCACUUCACCUCGGAUGAUGACCUCACUAUAGAGAAUGAACAACCUCACCAGAACGCAUUCAACAUUGAAGUCCCUGCUUCCGCUGGCGCACACCAAUCCGAGACCGACUAUCUCCAUCUUGAUGACAUGGCCUUGGAGCAGCAGCAACAGCUCUGGAAUUUUCAUACCUUCAACACCUAUCAGAACUUGCAACAGUCUCCACCUGAGUCCAACAUCGCGUCUAGCGACGGUUCGAGCCAGCUCCAAGUGCAAGCCAACUCGACUUCAGACGCUCCGGCGCCCAUGUCAGAGCAGCAGCUAGAGAUGUUUCGCAGGCAUAUGGCCACUCAGUUGAACAGGCCAGGCCUCACCAAGCAGGCAAAGUUUGACUACCUUCGCAGCGUCCCAGCUCACAUCAUGGAUCAGUUGAGGAUCGCCCAUCCUAUGCCCUCAGCUCAACAUCGGGCUACAGCGCCUGAAGUUCCUGGACAGACGUCUCAGCAGAACAGUGCGAUGUACCAGCAGUCUGAUGUGUCAUACCAACCCCAGGCUCAAUCUGCUCGCAUUCCACCCCAGCAGAACUUUUCGAUGCUCUACGGGUCUGCUGAGCCAUCUCAGCCACAAGUACCUUCUUUCCAGCCACCUCAAAAGAAUGGCUUUAUGUUCCAAGACGCCAUGGCACCGUUCCCAUCGCAGACUCCCCUUACUCACGGCUCGCCUCUGCAAAACAGUGCGAUGUUCCUUCAGUCCACUGGACCGUCCCACUCGCAAGCCUCUCUUGCUCGCGGUUCACCUGUGCAGUCUCUUCAGCCAGCACGAAAGGCGCGCGGCCGUCGUCCAGCUCCGAUAGCUAAACCUGCACCUUUCACCCAGCUUUCAGCUGAUGAUUGUCACUACUGGUCCACAAAGAUUUACGAUGCCAUGAUCGAUAUCUCUAACAUGAUCGACGGGCCGACGUCUACCAACCGUAGGCGCUUUGAAGAUGAGCCUUUCUGGGACUCUCAGGAUCUCGAAGCUGUCGCCCAUAACAUCUUCGACGCCACCGUCGCUGUCCACGAUCGUGGCUGGAACCGUCUUUCAACCUACCAUAAGAAGACUGUGCGUGGCAAGCUUUUGGACAAGGCCAUGCAGAGCGUCGAGACGCGCCUGGCGAUGGUCUGCGACUUGUUGAGGACUAGCAAGGCUGUCGUAGACGACUGUCUAAGGGGUGGUGUCACGCUGGCACUCGUCGUUGACAACCCGGCUUGUAGGAAGGCCACCAAGGAGUCCAACAACGCCGGUAACAACAAGCGCGGAAUUCGUUUGGCAUUCGUGAAGAAGGUUCUCGAGAAAGAGCAAGGACGCCCUGUCACUGAGGAGCAGGUGGCCGAGCUGGAGAAGCAGGUUGAACAGGAAGAAGAGGACGAGAGGGUGCGCAACAGGGAGCGUGUCAAGGCGAGUCAGAAGGUGCACAGAGAUACGGCCAAGGCCAAGGCUGAGGCGGCACGUAUGUGA